AUGAAUGCGGCCAACCAAACCACAGUAACCCAAUUCCUUCUUUUGGGAUUUCAGUAUCACCAAAUCCUAAACCCUUAUCUGUCUUUCCUUUUUUUGGUUGCCUUCAUUUUGACAAUAUUUGGAAACCUGCUCAUCAUUAUGUUGGUGGCGAAAUCCGAAGCUUUGAGAUCCCCUAUGUACUUUUUCCUCAGCCACCUGUCAUUUUCCGACAUUUUGCUGUCGACAACCAUCACUCCAAAAAUGCUGGACAUUGUGAGAAGUGGAGGGGGCUUCAUAUCUGUCACUGACUGCAUCACUCAACUGUUCUUCUAUAGUGGGACUACGACAGCAGAGUGCCUCCUUCUCACAGUGAUGUCCUAUGAUCGAUAUCUUGCUAUCUGCAAACCUUUACAUUACAACUCCAUCAUGAACCUCACACUUCAACUAUGCCUAGCCACCUGGCCCUGGGUCAUCGGGUUUUUGGUAGCAUUGUUAUUAAUUGUGUUUGUAUGUCAUUUUAAAUUCUGUGGUCCCUACAUCAUGGACCAUUAUUUAUGUGACCUUGCUCCAAUUCUAGAGUUGACUUGUUCCGAUCAUUCUGUCUUGGACAUUGUCGACUUUAUCUUAACUAUACCUUUCAUAAUUUUUCCAUUCUUUUUCAUAACAUUCACAUAUGUCUCCAUUUUUCUCAACAUCCUUAAGAUUUCCUCCUCUUCUGGCAGAAAGAAAGCCUUCUCAACCUGUAGUUCCCACUUAAUAGUGGUGAGCCUGUACUAUGGUACUUUGAUGAACGUCUACAUGAUCCCUUCCAAAAUUUACUCUUACAACAUCAAGAAGCUGGUGUCUCCAUUGUACACCAUGGGAACCCCUUUAUUGAAUCCAAUCAUUUAUAGUUUGAGGAAUCAAGAAAUAAAAAUUGCAUUGAACAAAUGUAUUUCUUUUUAUAUACAAAAGGCUAAGUUUGGCCAUUUAACACAUAGGUAG